CGGGUUUGCAUGAGGCUGCCAAUAGAGGGUGCUGUUGCACCGCUGGCCUGAUCUUCCAGGGUCAUCAAGAGAGCAGCUCAGCUGCUGUUCUUCAUCACUGCUGACUGCAGGACAAAAGACAAUGGGACUUUAACGGAUGAAGCUGACAUUAAAGGCUCGAUGGCUGCGGCUGAAGGCGUGGAAACUCCAUCUUUAACUUCUGUUCAUGUGAAAGGAUGUUCGGAUCUGCUUCACAUCUGAUGUAUCUGCGUUUUAUAUCAAUCAGCGCCAACCCAGGUCAUGACCUUUGGGCCUCCCCGCUGGUAGUGUGAAAGUGUGAAAUAAUUCAAGAGUUUUGUUUGGGGGCGUCUAUUCCAAAUCGACUAAAGCGGGUUGGUGCUCAUGACCCACAUUGCUGACUCCUGACAGGCAGUAAGACUGGAGUUUGCAUCUCCGAUUCCUGUCACGCCCUUCUCAAGGUGUGCGUCCACGCGCACGCGACACUUUCCCUCGCGUCCCCGUUAAUGCGCCAGCCUGCGUGCGAACACAUAAACAUCAAAAUCAGCGCUAACAGUUGCUGGCAAAGUGAUCUUAAAACUUGGAAGGACACCUCCACGUCCCUCUGAUUGGAAUUUAACCGACAGGGGGGGGAGAGGGGAGGGGGGGGGUUAUUUAGCAUUAACAUAAAAACAAACAGCCGCACAUAUAUAUGCAAAUGAAGGCGGGGUGAAGCAGGGAGCCGUCCGCCAUAACUCACACUGAUGGCCUUUAAGUGAGAAAUCACCUCCGAAAAGUAAAAGAAAUGAUGCACCUGUCGCCCAUCUGACUGAUGAGCCAAUCAGGAGGCAAGGACGAGGGGCUUAUCCGGAUCUGUGAAGGCACGCGUGGGGCUUGAGGCGCGUGAGUGUCAGCUACAUACAAACACAAAAAACCCUCAAAACCUUUUUCUUCUAUCAGCGGAGGUUAGAUAAAGAGGUUCCGGAUCCACCACCUCUGUGACCCCAGCUCCAGCACGGAAAAUGCGCGUGUGCAGCGUGUCCUCCUGCGCGUAAUAACGCGGAUGGAUGGAUGGAGGAAGAGGAGAGGGAUGAAGAGGCCUCCAGACUGAACGUCACGUCCGCACUUGAACUUGAGUUUUCUGCCACCAGAAGCCAAAGAGCCGCACAGAGCCGCGCGCACGCGGGGAAUGCGAGACUCUGCUGCUCGCUCUAAGAGAAAAGAGGGGUGUCAGACUGUCCUCAGACCAGUGCUGGGCUUUCACUGAAGGAGGGGAAGACUGAGAGCCUCUCGACCGGCCGUCACUAUCUCUGCUUCGGCGCGAGAUCACAGAAGAAGCCUGGAUUCUUGCCUCACCUUCUCCGCGCGGGAGCGGGCAGGUGGCCGGACAGUGGACCCGGACAGUGACUGACCACCAGGACCGCCUUCUGUGCUCCGCUCUCUGCGCUUUUUUGAGAGAUGCUGUGAAAGCAGCAACGGAGCGAAGAGCCGGACUACCCUCCUCCCUCACCUCCUCUGAAGAAAGGAGGCGCGCAUCCACUUUGGCACCGAGCUCCGAGCGAGCGCCCCGGCGCACAGCACUGCGCCACGGCCGGCCACUGCAGAGCGCAGCCCGUCCAGGACCAAGUACCAGCCGAGCGCAGGUCAUCCCAAAGGCCGAACAGGGGCCAGCCUGGGUUGGCCAGAACAUUUUGGGAACACUUUUGGCCAUUCAGGAGCCACAGAAGGAGGAGGAGAGCCGAACCUUCCAGCGCCGCUCUCCGGGCGAUGCCAGUGUAAAUGCCAGGGCGAUGUCCCGACGCAAGCAGGGGAACCCGCAGCACCUGUCCCAGAGAGAAACAACACCGGAGGUCGAGCGUGCAGAUGGCGUUCUGCUCUCAGACACUCCACCCCCAAACCCGUUCGGCCUUCUCCCUCUCCACCCGUUGGACCCCGGCUUGGCCCACGCGCUGCCGCCUGGCCUCCACGCCGACCACGACCUGCUGACCUGCGGCCAGUGCCAGAUGACCUUCCCGCUGGGUGACAUCCUCCUCUUCAUCGAGCACAAGAAGAAGCAGUGCCAGACGCCGCUGCUGCCCAACGGCUGCUAUGACAAGAUGAAUGACCGAGGAGGAGGAGGUGGCCUGCAGAGCCUUCAUCACUACGCCCAGCGGGGGGAGCUAAAGAAGGUGGUGGAGCCGGUGGAGAUUGGCAUCCAGGUGACGCCGGAGGAAGAGGAGGCGGUGGGAGGAGGAAGGCAAAGAGCUGAAAGACGAGAGAAGACGCCUACAAGAGGAAUUUGCCCCAAGCAGGAGAGCUCAAUGACAGGUGGCAGAGAUGAGCCCUCCAACUACAUAUGUACCACCUGUAAGCAGCCGUUUCCCAGCGCCUGGUUCCUCCUGCAGCAUGCCCAGAACACUCAUGGCAUUCGCAUUUAUCUGGAAUCCAACCCCUCCAGCGCAGCUCUCACCCCCCGAUUAACUAUGCCUCCCCCUAUUGGAAAUGACUCCAUCCCCCAGUCCCCACUCACUAACUUUCUGGGGGACAACAAUCCUUUCCACCUUCUGAGGAUGACGGGGCCUCUACUCCGGGAACCACCCCCUGGCUUUGUGGAGAACCGAAUCCCCAACACCCCGCCAUUUGUCAGUCCACCUCCCCGUCAUCAUCUAGAUCCCCAUCGACUGGAACGCCUUAGCGCCGAAGAAAUGGGCCUCAUUUCCCAGCACCCCAGUGCCUUUGAGAGGGUGAUGCGGCUAACGCCCAUGGCAAUGGAGUCCCAGUCCAUGGACUUCUCCAGGCGGUUACGAGAGCUGGCCGGGAACACGAACAGCACCACACCGCCACUGUCACCUGGAAGGCCCAAUCAUAUGCACCGACUACUAAACCCCAACCCUUUUCAAACAGGGCCCAAGUCCCCAUUUUUAAAUACCCCUCCAUUACCACCCAUGCCACCAAAUAGCACCACACCUCCUCAAACCCAAAACAAGGUUAAGUCCUGCGAGUUCUGUGGUAAGACAUUCAAGUUUCAGAGUAACUUGGUGGUGCACAGACGCAGCCAUACUGGGGAAAAACCGUACAAGUGCCAGCUGUGUGACCAUGCCUGUUCUCAGGCAAGCAAGCUUAAGCGACACAUGAAAACGCACAUGCACAAGGCCGGAUCCAUGACGGGGCGUUCCGAUGACGGCCUGUCCACCACAAGCUCCCCAGAACCGGGAACCAGCGACGUCACCGGUGAGGGCAUUAAAAAUCGAGAUGGGGAUUUCCAGGGAGAAGGCAAUGAGGAAGAGGAGGAGGAAGAGGAGGAAGAGGAACUUGAGAAUGAGAGUCGACCAGAAUCGAACUUUAGCAUGGACUCUGUGUUUUACCGGAACCGAGAGAAUGGUCCCAAGCCUCCUUCAGAGGAGAAGUCAUCACUUGCCCUUGAAAAAAUGGUGGAUGGCGAGGGCCUUAAUUCUAUACAGCAGUACAAUAAUUUAAUAGUUGACAAUCGUAAAAGAAUGCCCUUCUCCAAGAGGGGGACAGAUGCCCAGCGUGACACUGUAGAUGAGGAUUCAGUGGCUGAGGAGAUCAACCACCACCAGCAAGAAGAGCGAACAACCAUAAAUGGCCGGAACUGUGGCUCCGGUGACUCUUUCUCAGGCUUGUUUCCGCGUAAGCCCACUCCCAUCACCAGCCCCACCCUGUCCAACUCCUCAAACAAGAGAAUCAAGAUCGAAAAGGACUUGGACAUUCCCCCAGCGCCCCACAUCCCAUCAGAGAACGUGUACUCUCAGUGGUUAGUGGGCUAUGCUGCCUCCCGCCACUUCAUCAAAGAUCCUUUUUUGGGCUUCACUGAUUCCAGACAAUCUCCCUUUGCCACCUCUUCGGAGCACUCCUCGGAGAACGGCAGCCUACGGUUCUCAACGCCUCCAGGGGACCUGCUCGACGGCGGUCUAUCAGGCCGCAGCGGCACCGCCAGUGGGGGCAGUACGCCUCACCUCGGGGGAGGGCCCGGUCCAGGUCGACCUAGCUCCAAGGACAGCCGGAGAUGCGACACUUGUGAAUUCUGUGGCAAGGUGUUCAAAAACUGCAGCAACCUGACGGUGCACCGGCGCAGCCACACUGGAGAGAGGCCCUACAAGUGUGAGCUAUGUAAUUACGCGUGCGCACAGAGCUCCAAGCUCACUCGCCACAUGAAAACGCAUGGCCAGCUUGGUAAGGAGGUCUACCGCUGUGACAUUUGCCAAAUGCCCUUCAGUGUAUACAGCACUCUGGAGAAACAUAUGAAAAAGUGGCACGGAGAACAUUUGAUGACGAGUGAGGUCAAAAUUGAACAAGCAGAGAGAGCAUAAACCGUGUUUCUCCUCUUUGCACCACUCUUGGACUUUAAGGGGGUAUCUGGAUACUUUUAUAAAUAAUUUUGUUUAAUUUUGUGAUUUCGACUAAAAAAACUGCCAACUGAGAAAAAGAAGUGAAAGUCUUAGCAACAACGGAAGCUGUCUAAACUGCCUCAUCUGGCUUUCAUUUUUAAACAAUCAGUCAGUUCAGUUAUAAAUAUGUGGAGCCUUUAACUGUGCAAUAAUUUCUGUAUUUAUUGGAUUUUGUAUUUCGGCAUGUGCAGGUUCUUUUUUUUAUUAGGUGUUUAUAUAUAUAUAUAUAUAUAUAUAUAUAUAUAUAUAUAUAUAUAUAUAUAUAUAUAUAUAUAAUUUACUUUGUUUCAAUCUCAUUGUUUAAAACCACGUCCUGAGAGUUCUUAGAAAGCAAAACUACUUUUGUGUUUUUUUCUUUUUUCUAAUUUUGGGCCACAACUUGUAGGUAAAGUAUAUUUAAAAAUAAUUGUGUUUUAAAAGGCACUGAAGAAUUUGACUGCAAUUCUGAGAAUGAUAAAAUUAGUUUAUUUUAUGUAACGACGAUAAGCGGACAACAAUCCUCUGGCUUUAUAGCACGAACUGACUCUAAAACAUGUCGAUGUAAUUGGAUAUGUAGCACUGAGUGUCAUAAUUGACGGUAAAUGUCAAACAAAAGGGGAUCCCAAGGUUCAUAAACCCUGUCUUCUCUCCAGAACGUCCUAACGAGUGAGAAGAAAGUGAUUCUGAGCAAGGCAUCUACUGACCGGCACAAAGUGGCAACCUCUGACAACGCGUCAACAUCCAUUCCAUGUUUCUUUAUUGUCUCUAUUCCUUUAACUUCUCUUUUUCUUGAUACAGCCAUGGGUAUUCUGCACAGAUGUUAGGUUUCAUGAUGUAUUUUAAGUAAGAAAAGCUACAGUAAGUUUGUAUGAAAGUAGAUAAUUGAUGCAGGGAGACACAACUUAGAGAAAACCUUAAUAUUAAUUCAUGUGUUCAUUGAUAUCUUUUCUUCUUAAGUUGGGUUGUAAUUAGCAUCUGAAGAAAAAUUAUGUUUGAAAUUGAUUUUCCAAAAACUAGCAAACACUAAAAUAGAGCCUUUGUGUGAAAAUAAUUUUAUUAAAAUAUGUUUUUUAUUUAAAUUACAAUGAAAUUGAAAUUCCUAUGCAUGAUCUCUUAAAAAGAAAAAGAUGGAACAUAACAUAUAUAUUUAAGUGAAAUAUAAAACAUCACAUAUGGCUUUCUGUGUAAAGAUUAAUCUAAAUUAGUAUGCAAAAAGAUACUAAAAUGAUGCAUUAAAUACAGUAAAUAACUCAGCUCUUGCUGAUUGUGGUGAGAUGCAACUUUUUUUUCUCAUUUUUUACCAUUACAAGUAUCUAAUACAUGAAGUCAUGGAAAGAAUAUGUAGUACACAAUCAGACUCAACACAAACUUUUGCAUCACUCAGGUAUUGACAUAAAACAUGGUGGCAUCAUUUCCAAAUUGAAUACACUGAUUUAUUUACAUAUGCAGGAGCAACUAGUGCAAACACUGGCUAUAAGUGGAAAAUCUACCUUUUAUUUUUCUAAUUUUUUAGAUGAUAAACAGUCCCAUAAAAGGCGAAAGUGAGCAUUUUCAAUGUGAUAAAACAUCCCAGCUUUUGCUAAACCAAAUUUUCAUAUUUUAAAGUCUCUUUCGUCUCUAAAUUUAUUUAAUAGAUUCGUCUUAUUAUUAAACCACGCGUUCAAAGCCCAGUGAUGUGUCGAUAAAAAAUAUAAUUUUCUUCAGUCCCAUUUUGACAUUUACAAAGCAGAACCCCAACUUCUGCUAUAAUGUCCCUUCAACUUUAAUAUUGCACUUUUAUUUAAGUUAUUUUUUUUAGCAUUCCCAUCAAAUAAAUUAAUAUUGUCAAAAUAAAAAUACACAAACACGAGAAAAACAAAACUGCAAGUACAAUUGUUUAAAUUGAACCCCCAGAAAGAGGGAUGAAGAGGGAAGUGGAGCUUGGGACCUCCUGAUGCUUAAGUGCUUGGAUUGUACGGCUUAGCUUUUCCAAUGCUGGCACUAUAAAACGGAUGAAAAAUGUUUAGAAUAAUUUAUUUGGGACAGUUUUUGUACUGCCAUUCAAUUUGACAUGAGUGUGCCUUGAAUUAUGAUCUUCCUACUAAUUGUCUCAGAGAAAUGCAACACUUUCUAUGAAUUAAGCAGGAGAAAACAUUUCAAAAAUGUGUUCACUUUACUGUGUAAUUUGACUUCAAAACAAAAGAAAUGACUGAGUGAAACAAAAGAAUUACCCAGCACAAUUUUAAUGUGUCUGUGCGUGUAUAUAUGUAUGCAUAUGUACAUAUGAAGGCACAAACUUAUAUAUAUAUAGAUCUAUAUCAAAUUUUUUCACUCACAAGGACAUGUGUGUCCCUCUACAGAAAGUUUCAGCAGUGGAUAAAAAGCCACACAAAUUGUCAGACUGGAGAAAAAUCAGGAAAAGCAUAAACUCCAAAAGAAUCGAGUGCACUCCGUUUUAAAUAAGUUUACAGUAUUGAUUCAAGGAUAAAAAAUGAUGUGUGUUUCUGUGUUUGGAACUUUUUUUAAGGCUCGUUUCUAAACCUUCUCUGAAUGCCAAAGUGGCAGCAUAAAUACAAUUUUUAUUUCAUUUUAUUUUUUUAAAUUUGAGAUUUUAUUGUGUUUUUGUGACGGGUAUUAGUAUAUAUAUAAAUAUAUAUAUAUAUAUAAAUAUAUAUAUAUAUAUGAAUAUAUAUGACAUGUUUCUUACUAACGGUGAAAGUAUCCCAGUAUUUGUAAUAUUGGAGAAUGCCUGGGCAUUUAACAAAAAUAUAAAAAUGCUUUUUCUUUUUUAUUAUUCGAUUUAAUUUAAUUUUUUUUCUCAGUUUACAGUCCAUCUUAAAUCGUGGGUCUCUGAAACUGUUUUUAUGUCAAUGUAACUGUAAAAGUCUUAAGUUUUAGUAACUUUUUUGCCUUGGGUGUAAUGAAAAUACAAAAAAAAAAAAAAAGAAAAAUAAAUGAGUAGAAAAAAAUGGCUGAGCUGUAACAAAGUUGGAUGGAUUAGGUUAAGGGGUUCAGGGUGGCGGGUGGGUUCUCAUCGGGCAGGGUGGAUUUCUCCUCAGAACCCGGUUCUGAGUGCUGGUUCUGCUUUUUAGUAAACCUGAGAAUCCUGACUUGUAUCUAUUUUUCUUCUGCUGGACUGGAUUAUUCUUCAUGGAUGGUUUGAAUUACAUGUGUAGGCACUUGCUGUCAUUCUUAAGCGGCUCGUCUUUUUGUGCAUCCUUUUGUGAAUAGGGUACAGUGAGUCCCUCACUGCUCAUUUAUUGAGGUGCAGGAGGAAGAUGACUUUACUCUGAUGACCAAUCCAACUCACCGGCUGCCACAAUCUGUUUGUCCAAAACAGAAUCUGAUCACUUUGUACUGUUGUAAUGAAUCAUGUUGUACAGAAUGGGAAUAAAUUAAGGUUGUUAAACAGCCUUUUAGUGAAAAAAGCA